AUGUAUGGAAAAACUCUAAGUGGAAAGAACCUGAAGAAGAUGAAAAUCAUCAAUGAAAUUGUCUGUCCACCCACUCCCUAUACAAAAAGCUUCAUUAAUCAAAGGAGAGUUCAGAUAAAUGAUUUCCCUAUGUUCAAUGCUGGAGAUACUCCAGAUAUCAUUCUUAACUUCAUCGAAUUGAACAAGCAGGCUGGCAUACCAAUUGAUCCGGCUUGGCUUCAGGUCAGAAAUGAUCCUAUUCCAAAAGUUCAGAAGAAGAAGAAAUCCAAGAAAAUAAAGGUGGAAGAAGAAGGAACCUCUACCAAAACUUCCAAAGAUCAGAAGAGAAAGAAGAAAAAGCGCUCAGACAUUGACAAUUUUGACUCAAAAUCAACUGAAUCAUCCAAACCAACAGAAACCAUUGCUGUCACCCAGCAACAAGAAACUCAGACCCCUACACUUCUAGCUAUUUCCAGUACUUUAGAAAAUCCAAAAGAAACAGAUAUUCAAACUUCCAACCAAAAAGAAUCCUCACCCAUACCAUCUGUUGAAACCCAAACAAAAAUCACUUCACCAGAACUCCAGCAAGAAAAUCCUGUCAUUACUCCCACACCAACAAAUCUAAACCCACCUGAAAUUUCACCUCCAAAAGAAAAAGAAAAUCCACAACCAAAAGAAAUGGUAUCUACCACUUUUUCUGAACCAGAAGCUUCACCUUUAUCAGUAAAUGAUCCAUCAUUCCAUGUUGAAAAUGUCAGUUCAGAAUCAUCUGAAAUCAGACCUCAAACUAUAAACCACAUUGAAAAACCUUAUGAGUGGUAUAAAGGAUCAUGGAACAUUCCUGGGAUUACCAGCCCUUUAGCGACAGUAUUACCCAAUGUUCCGACAUAUAACACCCUUGCAGAAUCAAUCACACAAACACCACCACACUUAACUAAAACUACUUCACCUCUCUCAUCCCCAAAAGACUCUGUCUGUCCAUCCUCACUAGAAGUUCAAAUCAUCUCAGCCUCACCUUCACCACAAAAUUCACCAAUUCACACAUCAAACUCACCCCAAAUAAACUCAGAGGUUUCAACUCCAGAAUCUCAUCCAACCAAAGUCACUGAACCAGAACCAGAUCAGUCUGCUGAACCGGAAACAGAACAACAAGAACAAGAACAAUCCAUUGAACCUGAACUUGAAAAAACCUCUGAACCCGAAGCAGAACCUUCUCUUGAACCUCAUCAUCCUGAACCCAUCCUAACAGAUGUUGACAUAUUAUUCAAGAAUUUUGAAACCGAGAUGCAGGGAUGGAUUGCAAGAUUAAAAGCUGACUGUGUAACAAAUGGAAGUCUAGUGGCCUCAGAAACCCUUUGGGAUGCAUUCAGAAGGAGAUUCAACUCUGAGUCUCUUAAACUCAAAGAAGUAUGCCGCACUCAUGCUAAUGAGAAAUUUUCUGAAUAUCUGAAUGUUAUCAUCACUCUUGUGAUGGAUCUCUAG